UGCGGGCCGCGGCUUAGUCCGCCGUUGGACCUUGAUGCCACCUUUAACUUUUUGGUGGAUAUAAGCUGGGGUUUGUCCGUCUUCUUUCUGGGACUUUUACUUGUGUUCCUGUUCCUUCAAUGCUCAACUAGAACAAUUGACAUCAAUUCGGAAAGAAAGGAAAAUCCCUUAAAGUGGAGAGAGCAAUUGCGACGGCGACAAGCGCAUCCCUGAACUUCACAACACCGAUACCACCACAUCGCAGGCCAGAAUGGCACGAUCGAAACAGAACACGCCCGACAAGCGCUCCUCCAGCGGAAUCCAAGCGCAGAAUGGCAGCACGAAUGGCACAGCACGUAGACGACCGAGCUUUACAGAAACGAUAGAGAAGCGACUAGAAGAGGUUGCUGAAUCGGCGGCUAGGGACCCCGAGGAGCAGAAGCAGUCGGGGCUGUUGGCGUUGGCAAUUUGCGUGGGUGGGAUCUAUGCAAGUUUCUUGAGCUGGGCAUAUCUUCAGGAACGCAUAACCACCACCAAAUACGGACCCAACAACUCUCGCUUCACAUACUCCAUCUUCCUCAAUACCAUCCAGUCCGCCUUCGCAGCGUGCACUGGAGCCGUCUACCUCUUCGCUUCCUCCCCGCGCGACCCCAAGACCGGCGCCCGCAAAGUCCCACCCAUCUUCCCCUCGAAGCAGAUCCUCUUCCCGCUUCUCCUCAUCGCGGUGACGUCCAGUCUCGCCUCGCCCUUUGGCUACGCAAGCCUGAAGCACAUCGACUAUGUAACCUUUAUCCUAGCCAAGAGCUGCAAGCUGCUCCCUGUCAUGUUCCUCCAUAUCACGCUCUUCCAGAAGAAAUAUCCCUUCUACAAGUACCUCGUCGUACUCACCGUCACCCUUGGCGUCGCUAUGUUCACGCUGUACAACCCGUCCACCGCCGAUAAAGCCGAGAAGGCCGCAAAGAAGGGCGUUUCACCCGACGCAUCCAAAGCCCUUGGCCUCUUCCUGCUCAGCAUCAAUCUCCUUUUCGACGGUCUCACAAACACCGUCCAGGACCAGAUCUUCAGCUCCUUCAAGGGCUUCACAGGCCCGCAGAUGAUGUGUGCCCAGAACAUCAUCUCCACGUUGCUCACGACCGCGUACCUCCUCUCCGCGCCCUACAUCGCGGCGUCCCCCCUCGGCGCUGCCGUCGGCCUCACACCCACCUCCGGAAAUGAGCUCGCGGACGCAGUCUCCUUCGUCACCACGUACCCCACCGUCGGUUGGGACGUGCUCUCCUUCGCGGCGUGCGGCGCCAUCGGGCAGGUCUUCAUUUUCCACACGCUGGCGCAUUUUUCGAGCUUGCUGCUGGUUACGGUGACUGUCACGCGGAAGAUGCUGACGAUGCUGAUGAGCGUAGUGCUGUUUGGACAUACAGUGACAGGGAUGCAGUGGGCGGGCGUGGGGCUGGUGUUUGGCGGGAUUGGCGCCGAGGCGUGGUAUCAGCGCGUGGAGAAGAAGGCGAAGAUGGAGGCGAAGAAGAGGGAGGCUGCGAAGAGCAAGUAG